AUGAUGGAGGCACCUCCGCCUGUUGGCUGGCGUCCGGCGGCCAGCGCUGCCGGGCCUGUCGACUACAUUCUCACCGGCAUAUCGACAACAUUGGGAACCAUCACACGGUUUAUACGCUCCGUUCGGACCGCACAUGCGGACCUUUCUUCGGUCACCCGAGAGCUUUCUGACAUGCGCCUCUUACUCGAGCUGUUGCGUGACGAACACAAUAUCCCUCUCUUGUUGCAAGCACAAGUCUUGUCGCUUCUGGAGGAUACCGGUAAUGCGCUUAGUCGGAUAGAGAACAUUCUGAUGCAGUGUCGUGGCGCAGAUGAAUGGGUCUCUUCAGGUAAGGCAAAGAUGGCGGAACUCAGAGGGGAUAUAGAGACGUAUCGGCGUGCGCUGGGACUGGUCCUUGAUGUUGUGAAUUACCAUCAGUCACCACUCAAUUUCGACCCCAGCGACUUGCAAGCCUCCAAAUCCCAGAUAACGACCGAAGUAGACCGGUUACGCAGCCAUACUGCGUUGACAGGGCUCAACAAUAGGAACACCUGGCUGGAACCAUACAUGAAUGCCGUAAUUAAUUGCUUGGAGAUCACUCGUGCUGAUUCCCCUGUGAUCAAAGACAAUGGCCCUCCCAAAGACCGUGAUUCAACGUCCACGCCCAAUGUUGAUAUCGUACAGAACGGCCCUCUUCGAAUCAGCGGGACCAUGGUACCCCCCAACCGGAUCCAUGGCGCUUCCCUUUUACAACGACGUAGAGAACCGUGCAUCAACUGCUCCAAGUACGAGGAGGGAACCCCAGCAAGCGUCUCCACGACUUCGGAAUACGCCUCUGGAUCACUCGAGACAUGCCCCAAUACCGGAGUCUCCUACAUCUACACAGUUCACACAGAGGGUGCAGUCACCCCCUUCUAG